AUGUAUUUAAAGUAUUAUCUUGACUUUACCAUAGUUUUGGUCGAUUCUUUGGAUUUGGAUCAUAAUCUAAAUUUGACAUUUUGCUAAAACAAGAUAAUUUAACCUUAGAAACCAUUUUGAAUGAGGAAGACAUUUUGUCUGAAUUAAAAAAUUCGAGUUCAGGCAAAUUUGCUGAUUUGUAAGUUUUAAUUUUAACUACAUUCUAGCAUAACACAACAUCCAUAGGAAUAUUAUAAAAUGAUUUAUUACAUUAUUAAAGAUGUAACCGAUCAAGAGUAUAAUUCUAAAUAUCCAUUUUUGAUAAGUGAAAUAUUAGGUUCAGAAAAUGAUAAAUUGAUUAAUUUCCUAUUUGAAAAACAAGGAGACACAUCCUAAGAAGAAGUUUAAAAUCCUCUAGAUGAACAGCUAACACAGAGUUAACCCUAAGAAGUCCAUUAAGAGAACGAAAAAUUAAGAUAGAAUUUACUACCUGAUCUAUUUUCUCUAUUAGAAAAUGAUUCCCUCUUAAUCACGUUAGCUGGAUAUUUUACCAAGAUUAUUUCAGCAAUUAUUCAUAAAAGAGGAAAUGAUGUAUUUCUAUUAAUAAAUUAAGUUUUGGGAAUACUUAAAAAAUCAUCCACGAAUAGUCUCUAAUCUAUUCAAGCAUUUAUACAUAAGACAUAUUACUGAAAUAUUUGAAAAACUGAUUAUUUUAGAUUUAGGCUAAGAAGAAACUCAUGAAAGUUUCUAUAUUGAAGAGAGACAAAAUUUAAUUGCCAGAAUGCUCAAAUUCCUUAAAGGAGAAUCAUAUUCAAAUACGAUUAUUACUAAUAUUUGCGAAUCCCUUACUGAAGUAUAUAGACGAGCAUUGAUAUCUCUUGAAUCGAUGGUAGUUUUGAGAGAAAUUCUAUUAAAAAUAGAAAAGCCAAUAUUCUUCAUGAGUUUGGCACUACAAACUUAAAAUAGUUCUAUAUAUACUUUACUCAAUGUUCAAUACGAAUUUUAUAACAAAAUGUCAUAGUUGUAAGAUAAACACUACGAAAUAGAUUUUUCUGUUCUUUAUAAACCAAUUUUAGAUGAAUCACUCAAGGCUCUAACUUAAUAGGACCUCUUCAGAGUAUCUUUUUAAACUACUUAUGGAAAUACCAUUAGACCAUUAGGUGAUUCAAAAUUGCUACUAAUAUAAUUGAUUAUACAAUUAAUUUAGAAAAAAGAAUUAGCUCUUGUUAUUGAGAAUGGAGAAAUAUUUUAAUAAAUAAUAAAUUUAGUAUUUGAAUAUCAAACAAACAAUUAAUUACAUAUUUUAUUUGAAAAAUUGAUUGUUGCCAUUUUAGAUUCAUAAAAUGAUCACCUGCACGAACUCUUUUUUGAAGAUACCAAUUUUCUGAAUUUACUCAUAAAAAUUAAUGGAUCUGAAGAAAGAAAAAAGAAACAUGGAUGUUAAGGUAUAUUAACUAAAAUAACCAAUUAUAUUAAUUCUCCAAGUGUCCUUAAAAAAAGUUAAAUAGUAUAAGAUGCAAUCUGCAGCAUCUAAGAUGAAUGGCUAAAAUAUCUUGAAGAAUUAAAAGUAGUUAAUGAGGUUGAAUAAUCGUGGUUAUUAGGAGUUAAUCCAAGAUUCAGAGAACAAAUAAAUGUAGAUCCAGAUAGUCCCCUUAUUUUUGAGUCUAACAAUUCAUGCUCUAAUUAAAAUAACUCCACUGAUAAUUCUAAUUCAUAAACAAAUGAAAAUCAAGAUUAAUCUUAAGAAGAAACUAAUAUUAACAAUGAAAAACAAGAAGCUGAUCAAAAAGCAAAUGAAUUUGAUUCAGAAGAAGUUUAAUUAGAAUAAUAAACAGCUGUUGAGGUUGUACAAGUGAAAGAAGAAAAUAUUGAAUCUUAGGAUGAGUAACAGCCUGAAAAGUAUGAAUAAAAGAUAAUUGAUUCUCCAGUCUAUGUUGAUAGUGAAGAAUAAAUAAAGGAGAUUCCAGUAUAAAUAACAGAGUUUUAGGAAGAGCCCAAAAAAUUAAUAUAAGAAGAAUAAGUCGAUGUCUAACAAGAUGAAUAACCAAAUGAUUAGAAACAAGAUUAAUAGAUUUUACUUUAAAAAUAGCCACAAUAGGAAGAAGAAUAGAAUAUACAAGAAUAACCAAUACAAGUUGAAUAAUAGGAUUAGAUUCAAGAAUAACCAGAACAGGAAGAAUAACAAUAACCUUAAGUUGAAUAAGAACCAUAGACAGAAAAUCAUGCAAGCCAAGAAUCGUUGGAGCAAGAUCUAUAACUUAAAGAUGAUGUUUGA